AUGGUUGGAUUUGUAGACGUUUCUGAUACGAACGCCGAGUCGGCCAUCGACCAAAUCAUCACUCAAGCUCAAGACGCCUGCGUUUUGGAGCAGGUUUCCGCCAUCAAUUGCGCCUCCCUCACCGAUUCCGUCCUCCCCACCGACCUUGAAUCCCGGUUCCACAAAUUCAAAUCGUUUCCGGUCACUGAAUCAAAGCAGCUUUCGAAGACCUCUGUUUCUUCUCCUUCUAAUUCUUCAGAUUCUUUAGAGGAAGGUGCAAGAGAUCUCGAUGAUUUGGUCACAAAUGGGGGAGGACUGGAAAAGGACCGAGGGCUUGAGUCUGGCAGUGGCAUCCUUGAUAUCACGGAGGUUUGGCUCCAUGUUGUUAUCACCUUCUGGUUCAACUGGAGGCAGUAA